UAGUCACACUGUAUUAUCAUCGCCUUUAGCUAUUGUAAAUUACAAUAGCUAAAGGCGAUGAUAAUACAGUACUGGAGUAAAUAUUACAAUUUGUAAUAUUUACUCCAGGACUCUCUCCAUCAGGAUUAUUAACUAAGAUAAGCUAUUUUUGACGAGGUUAAAUCUGGUUGGUCAGGUCAUGUCAUACAUAUUCGUCCCCGGCACUACAUCGGGGUGUCAAUUUUAAUUAGCAUAUGAUCUUUCAUCCACAAUGGAGGGGAUUGCAAACCCUGGUCGAGGAAGAGGGGGCGGUCGAGGCCGUGGCAGAGGAAAAGGUCAUGGAGCACGGAUAUUUGCAAAUAGUAGUGAUAUUCCUCCGCUGCUAGAUUAUCAUCAUAAUUAUGAAAAUUAUGGAAAUCGUGGAGGUGGAAACAUUUACAAUAACCGGGGGGGACGCCAUGUACCAAAUAAUGAAAAUUAUCAGCAACAAGAACAACAUCAAGCAGGGGGACAAGGACGUGGCUGUGGUGGUAAUCGAUGGAGGAACAGUAAACGAGGUGGUCAUGUCGUCAAUUCUGGUAAAAUAAAUGUGAAUCAUGGCAUCGAAAACAAUAUCGAACAUCAUGGAGAAGACCACCGUCACGGUUUUAACGAAAAUGACCACGGGAAGGAAGUUUUACCAAGAUCUAUCCCUGAUCAUAACGAAAAUCGAAAACAGUUUGAAAGAAAAGGCCCCGUAUUUGGAUUCAAACGGCUGCAUGGCUUUCUCUCCUCUCCACAACACACGGUCAUCCUCUCCAUCAAGAAGGAUAAGCUAGACUGGGAAGAUUUUUUAAACUCUGACCAAAUCAACCCAUCCAAUCCGAGAAACAACUUGCAUUUGAUAAUGCAAGUCUUGGUAGAAAAAGUCAUUAGUGGAGGUGGAGAACCAGCUCCGAAAAUUGAUAUUUGUGCUCCCACUAUCGUCGAAAACUUUAGGAAAAGCAUAGUUGAACAAUGUCUCCAAAUUAUGAUGAGUCAAACACCUAAAAAAUCUGCUCCUCCACCAUUAAUCAGAAACUUAAAGGGCACUUUUAUAGAAAUUGACAAAUCGCCAGAAACUUUUCUCCGAAAUUUGGUCACCUAUUUCGUCUUUGUGAUCAAUUUCAUGCUCCCAAAGACAAUCGAGUUUUUCCCAUCCCUUAUCACUAAUGCGAUUGGGGCCGUGUCUUGGCUAUCAAAAAGUAAUCCAGGAUUUAAUACUUCUCAGAUACUGCGUGAUUGUCGGUCUCUUAUGCACAAACUGCAACUAUACAGCCUGGAUCCUCAUGAACAAACUGAUGAGACAGACACAUGUAUGGAUUUUCAAAUUGGGUUGAAGCAGGUUGAAGAUAAUGUCCGUUCCCCUCCUGGAAGUGGGGGUGGUUUACCCAAGUGCAACGCUAUACUUCCCUGUAGUCACCACUGCGAGAAAGUUUCCCACACCAAAGAUCCCGGACAUCAAAAAUAUUCUUGCAAAAAGCCUUGCCUCAUAUCCUGCCUGAAUGACCAUCCAUGUCGCUCCGUCUGCUUCAAAAAAUGCCCCCCUUGUCAAGUCACGAUGGUGAAAACGCUUCCCCAAUGUGGCCACGCCGCAGAGAUGUUGUGUUGUGAAAAUCCGGCCGAAUAUGUAUGCAAAAUCUUGAUGAAUAGGAAACUUCCCUGUGGGCAUGAAGCAGAUUUAGCGUGUCAUCUCGACCCAACCGAGUACACCUGUAAAGCCAAGAUGAGCAGAAUACUUCCGUGUCAAGAACACCAACAAAUCUUGGAGUGUCAUGUCGAUCCGGGAUCACAAACUUGUAAAAUUAACGUUGAGAAAAAACUGCCUUGUGGACACUGGCAGAAUUCUGAGUGUCACCUUUCUCCGGAUGUUAUCAAAUGUAAGACUAAGGUGCAAAUAACACUGGUUGACUGUGGGCACACGUUGGACGUCCCCUGUAUCGAGCAGACCAACAAGAAGCUGUUAAUUUGUCGAAAUCCAUGCUCUAUCCGGUUGAGUUGUGAUCAUUCUUGUCCAAAAAUAUGUCAGCACACGUCGACAGAUCCAGUUCAUAGUGACGUUCCUUGUAAGAAAAAUUGUAGCCGGGCAUGUAAAGCAGGUCACCAAUGUUCACUUAUUCACAAAUGCGACACGCCUUGCCCUCCCUGCAAAACUUUUGUGCUUCGAAACUUAGCUUGCGGCCAUCAGAAAGAGCUUCCAUGUCACGUCGAUCCCACCCAGUACAAAUGCAUAGAACCCUGCACCCGUCGUUUUCCCUGUUCACACACAUGCGAGAACUUGUGUUUCGAAAUGUGUGGACCUUGCACGGCCGUGGUCGAGAAAUAUGUUCCAUCCUGUUUACACAGAAUUUUGGUUACUUGUUCCGUCCAACCGACGCAAGCAAUGUGCAUGCAACUAGUGAAACCAAUGAAUCGAUCCUUAUGUGGACACGAUGUGAAAGUCCCGUGCAAAAUUAGAAAUACAGUCGACGCAGCACAAGUUACAGCCUUGUGUACUGAACCGUGCAGCGAUCUAUUAUCUACUAAAUUGGGUGGGUGUGGUCAUCCAUGUAAAGGAACGUGUUCGUCUUGCUGGCAGGGCCGACUACAUGCAAAAUGUGGGGUAGAAUGCGGUCGAAUUCUUAUCUGUGGAGAUGUUUGUGAUUUCCCCUGCUCUAAUCACGGGUGUCCACCUUGUAAUAAAAAAUGUCACAUGAAAUGCGAACAUUCCGAAUGUGGGGAACAGUGUGGAACGCCCUGUUUAGACUGCAAUGAACGCUGCUCGUGGCAAUGUGUUCACAAAAGAUGUACCAAAUUUUGCCGAGAGCUAUGUGAUCGAUCUCCAUGCGAUGAACCAUGUCGAAAACUUUUACGUUGUGGACACCCUUGCGUUGGAUUUUGUGGCGAACCCUGCCCUCCUCAUUGUCGCAAAUGUGAUAGCGAACAGUUAACCGGGUUUAUAUUGUCGGGACGUGAGAAAGAUGAAAAUUCACGAUUCAUUUUUUUACCCGAUUGCAAACACUCCAUUGAGGUGGAAGGACUCACAAAGCAUAUCAAUUCAACUACAAAUCAGUUUGGCUCGAAAAAAUGCCCCCGAUGUCACACUCGGAUAAAUUAUUGUCGUCGAUUCAACAACGUUAUCCGGGCCGAGGUUGAGGAUGUCAUUGUCGAGAGAGAUAUAUUAUUUGGAGACUAUGAAGCUGUGAAGAACAUUCAUCGACAAGUUAUUGAAAAACUUAAAUGUCACGAUACGAGAGAAAAAUUGGUCCGGAAUUUCCCAAUUUUUUACAACCAUUUGGUAAAUCAAGUGGUGGACAUUAUUCCUGCCUCAAUUUCACGAAUUGCACAACUCGGUGUAUUUGGCCAAAGAGGAGGAAAUGAUAUGGACAGUAAUGAACGCUGGAUUGAAAAAAAGGUUAAUGAGCAAGUUUUAAAAUCAAUAAGUUUCCUGGUCGGUUGUGCCGAAACUGGAGUAGAAGUGCUGAUCCAAGGUCGAAAUGCAUCCAGAGAAAAAGGAAGUUUGACCUCCGAAUUGUCUGCCAAACUUCACACGAGAUAUAUUGACUUGUUCGUAAACAUUCAAAACCGGAAGCUGCCCCUGAGUAGAAUGGAAAUGCGUGACAUUUCACGAGAACUUUCUAGGCUGAGCGAUCUUUGUGACGUCUAUUUAGGAAGGUCCAACCCUAAAUAUAAAGAUACGAACCCACGAGCUUUUCAAUUCUACGUCAAGGCGCUACGAAUCGUGGAGGAACAAGGGCCAUAUCUGGGACUUAGGAAAUCGGAAUUGAAUAUUCUGCUUAAGAAACUCGAAGAAGUGCUGCGACACGGUCUCGAAAUUUCAGCAGCAGAACGACAACAAAUACUAGCCACGUUUGCGUCAACUGGUCAAGGCACCCCGGGUCUUUGGUACAAAUGCCGAUUCGGUCAAUAUUACGAAAUUGUGGAAGAGCAUGGAGCAGGUGCUGCUCUGAAAUGUGAUAAGUGUGAUGGACAGGUCGAUUUCGAUAGCGAAAAUACCACCUCCACAAGUACUACCCUUUUCCGCUUACGGCUAUCGCGUGACUCUGAUCUUAGCUACCAACUCCUCUCCAGACUAACUGGGACCACCGAGCGCGAACUUCGCCAAAUGAUCUUCAGUACCGUUCUAUCGUCUUCUUCAACCCACUAUCAGGACAUGUCAACCUACUUUGCCAAUACCCAGUGUCAUAACUUUAACGUGAGGAUAACAAACAUAUUUAAAAUUCGACGCUUUGACGACGUCAACUGUUUCGGGGGUGGCAGAGCAAAUCGUAAAUUGUUAUGGCACGGAACAAAAUUAACAAACGUUGGAGGAAUUCUCUCCCGAGGCUUUUCUCGGCCUUCUCAUGGGGGGCAAAUGUUCGGAACUGGGACGUAUUUUGCAGAUCGGGCGUCUAAAAGUAUCCAGUACUGUGGCGUGUCUCGUGCCUCUAGGGGGUCGAAGGGUUACUUAUUCGUAUGUGCCGUAGCCUUGGGGAACAGCCAUAUUGCCUCAUCAGCCAACCACUCUUUUCAAGCUCCUCCAAGUGGAUAUGAUUCUAUCAUGGGCGUUGGGCAAUCGGUCCCAGACGUUUACGGUCGGCGGAUGUAUCUCGACGCUGAGAUACCAUGUGGUAAGACAGUCCAGACCACACAAAGUUCCUCAGGCCUCCUGUAUAACGAGUACAUAGUGUACGACAUGGACAGAAUUACGAUAAAAUUUCUACUAGAAUUUGAAAUUGUAUAAUAACAAGUUUGCUUGUUGAGUGGGAUACAUUUUGUGUUUUGACAAUUGCAAUUUCCAAUUAUUGUAUGUGUUCAAGUUAAUGAAAAAUAAUUUUCUAAAACUUGGAAUAAAUCCUUAUGACGUUUGACUAGAGAA